UGGUGACGGUGGGCCACGUGGAGAAGUUUCAUUUGAACUGGGACCAAAGUGAAUGCGUUGCUGGCAUUCUUUUGCGACUUCAGAUUUGAGGAUUGAUCUUGUUUUGAAAAAUAAUCUUCAUUGUGAAAUAAUUUAUGACUCGCUUCCUCCGUGAAAGAACUUCAAUAAGCUUCUAAACAUCAGAUUCAGCGUGUGUUUAGUUCAGCUUUUUGUGCACACAUGGAACAUAACUGAAGAUUUCAAUUUUUUUCCAUUGAGUUAUAUUAAGUUAUAUAAUUCAGUCUAUAUGCAAUGUACAAAAGUGGCUCUAUUUUUUUUUUUUUUACGCCUGCGUAUUAGCAUCUGCCUUGAACAGCUAGUUUUUUUCAUAGGAAACAACGUUUGUUACCUAAAUCUAUUUUUAGUUUGCUUUAUCCUUAUAUUAAUACAAACUACACACACGCACCUUAAUAAGAGCAGCAUCAGCAGUGACGUUCACGUGAAGGAAGGCAAAGACCCGGGCCAAACAGAGUGAAGCAUUGACGCUCCUUUUUUUUUUUUUUUCCUGGCGCGCGUCUGGCGCGCACUGAUAUAAACCCCAUGGCGCGCAACGAGCGCGCAGAGGAGCAGAGGAGAAUCAACAGGACUUUGCGCAAAUCUCACCGAGACCUUCUGAAAAAUAUGCAUCCCAACUUGGUGAGCUGGCUGGGGACCCUGGGGUUCCUGCUGUGGGCGCUGGUCUGCCUGAGCGCCUUGACGGAGGGGUACCCGGUGAAACCGGAGAACCCCGGGGAGGACGCUCCGGCGGAGGAGUUGGCCAAGUAUUACUCAGCCCUGAGACACUACAUCAACCUCAUCACAAGACAGAGGUAUGGAAAGAGGUCCAGUCCUGAGAUUCUGGACACACUGGUCUCAGAGCUGCUGCUGAAGGAGAGCAGAGACACACUCCCACAGUCAAGAUACGACCCAUCAUUGUGGUGAUGGCCGUCACUCACCCUCCACCUCGGUCACCUCUGAUGUCCACAUGUCUGUCGGUUCACAAUGCCCUGCGCCAUCCGAGGACCGUUCUGUCUUUGUACCCGUUACCUGUCUGAAUGGCAACAUAGCUUGUCUCACUCUCUCUGUGUGCAUAAGCUACAAUGAACACACCUUACAGUACAUGAAACUGUAAAAUAGCUAAAUCGUCUGGGGAACCCCCAUAAGACCUGGAGGAGUGGCGUGUUGAUUGUAUUGUAUAUUUGUGCUAUUAAACAAUUACUGUUUGAACAAAA